CCACAUUUGCACCUCGCCCAUCGCUACAGCAUCAUGACACACCCGUAAUCUUGCGACCACGGGGAUACAUUCGCCUAGGCAAUAGCUGUAUAUCUCGUGUUCAAAGCCAAACAUGUCCCUGCGAUCGUUCGAAACGUCCAAUUCCGGGGAGCCGUCCUCAGGGAACCUCAAGCGGAGACGACGGCCCCGAGCAGCAGUUGCCUGCGACUCAUGUAGAACUCGCAAAGUCAAGUGCGACGGGCAAUUACCAUGUUCCAGCUGUGUUCAACACUCUUUCGAGUGCUCAUUCAAAGAAAGACAACCCGUUGUAUAUGUGGACUAUCGCCGGGGGUCUAGAUCCGCUGAGAAGGCGCGGUCUACAGAUACCGUUCCUGCAUCAGAGAAACCACCAGUUACUCAGCCUCCAAGGGUUAUGGCUGAAAGCAGAGCUCCGUUAACGUCGCCAAUCAGCUUGGAAGGGGCUCCGGCACCACUCUCGCCAAUUACACCCGCAACUCAGAGCUCAGAGGCCCGUCAUUCAGCAGAGCGUGAACCAGAAGGGCUUGGCGAUAUCAACCAGCAUACGGAAGGAUCCGAGUUCUACGGUCAUACGGGGACUUUUUAUUUUCUGUCUCGCCUUCAAUCCCGAGCAAAAGGACAAAGAUCACGUAGAUCAGCUCCUGGAGGUGGAGAUGGGGGCCCAGGGAAGGCAGCCGGAGACGAUUCCGUUGUCAAUCUUCUUCACAGUUCCGAUUACUCAGUCUCCGGGGCUCAAGAGAAUAGAGGCAUCGGCCAGUCAUCCGAUAUCCCUAGACCUCCGCACGGUGGCCAUUCCUACGCCUCUCUCUCAGUUGAUACGUUUGGUCAGACCCCCGUGGCGCCUAGGUCGUCAAUUGGGACCGAACUCGAGCGUGAAUGCGCUCGCCUAUAUUUCUUGAACCUUCAUUGCAUCCAUCCAAUCCUUGAUCAGGCAUCAUUCCUCAGCCGGUGCGAAAAGGAAGUAUGGAUGGGUGAAGCCAUCCCUCCUGAGGCACCAACCCCUCGAGUACGAGCACGAACUCGGUUCCUCGCGCUCUUCAACAUUGUUCUAGCUAUCGGUUCAAUAACGGCAGGAGAAACUGCCUUGGUAAUGUGGGAUGGUGCUGCUGGGUUUCUGGACGAAAUAUGCCGUCAAGAUGGAAAGUCGAUUAGCCCAAACACCUACGUGCCAAUCAGAGCCUCACAGUUAUUCUUCGAGAGGGCCAAGUUCCAUCUUGAAGAUACAUUUGAGUCGAGUUCCUUUGAGACCGCUCAAACUCUUUUCCUUAUGUCAGUGUUUUGUCAAAAUGCUUUGAAGCCCCAUAGCUGCUACAUGUACGCAGGCAUGGCGCUUCGCACUGCGUUGGCAACUGGUAUACCCACAAGUCUCCAUUCCGAGGCUAGUUUAGAGAGUCGUUUCUGGUGGGGCCUUUAUUCACACGAGAUUGAAAUGUGUUCAUCUACCAGUCGACAGUCAUUUCUGCGAGAGCCAGGGCACUAUCGUAUUCCCUUGCCGCGAGAAUCGGGGUCACCCGGGCCGUCCUUGUAUCUCAUCAAUUGCAUGGUUGAGCUCGCAGAAAUCUUGGUAGACGUAUCCGCCAAUGCUUGUCGACCUGAUGAAGACGCAACCUUGUUCCAGAGAUCCAAUAGGUCCUUUAUUUUGGACGAACGUCUCUCAGCCUGGAAAUCUCAGUUGCGCGCCCCUCUUAAUUUGGAAAAUUCGUCGUUGGAUGAGGCAGAGUUGAUAACGAAGCAGAAGAUUGUGCUGAAGUUGCGGUUUUUAAACGCAAGAAUACUUUUACACAGACCAUUUUUAAUCUCGGCCACGGCUGAGUCGCAUCGCGAGCAAUUUACCAUGCAUACUCAGUCUUGCGUUGAGGCGGCGAGUGAGACUAUUCGAUUUGUUCAUACGACCUACCUGUAUCGCCCGUAUUUCCGCACUUGGUGGUACAAUUGCACGUAUGUGCUCGAUGCAUCCAUGGUGCUCCUGUAUGUCAUCCUAUCAAAUAUCAGCCCAACAACGGCGGAAAGCAUCAUACAAGACAUAGAGAAGAGCCUUGAAAUAUUUUCAUCGAUGAAACGACUAGCGGUGGCUCGUCGAUGUACUGAGAUCGUAAAAGAGGUCUUGGCCAUCGCUAAAUCACAUCGCGACCGAGGCAGCCAACCAGAACAAGACUCCAGUGCCGACAUUUAUAGCGAUGCCGCCUUGCUGAGUUAUCUCGCCAAUGCUCCUCCAGAUCCACCUGGAGAUGGAUCAGGGGGGGGGGUUGAUCUCUACGAAGGAGAUCCGUUUGCAAGCCUAGUAGACACGAAUCUUGUCUUCAAUUUUCUCAAUUUUGAAGACUGGACUGCCUGGUCGGAUGCUGGAAAUGUGUAAGUAUUAUGGGCUUAAAAAUAAGGUUAUGGGUUUGUAUUAGAAGUCCAGGGUAUUCUUAGCACCCAGUCAGGUUCGGGUUGAGGGCAGUAUUAGCAUAUGGGAUACGUGUUUGCCGAAUGUGUCGUAUUGCACAAGGCCGUAAAGCGAGCAGAUAGCAUAAGCGGCGCGACCACCAUUUCUAUUUAGUGUUGUUAUAUCGCACACAUCUACUAGCAUUUUCACAGAUAGCUACAUCCUCAAUCCUACUGAUAAUUG